CUGGAAAAAAAGAGCUCUGUGUCUCUUGCUCUGCUCUCCGUGAUUAACCAAAAGGACUGAAACCCACAGCCAUGGGGACACUCACUCUGCUCACCACCCUUCUCCUGCUGGCCCUCCACACCCAGGCAGAAUCUCCCCAAGGAUGCACUGAGGAUCAGAAGCUGCUGAUCAUGGAGGACCAGGAUAUUUCCAUAUCCUUCACAGGGGAUAAAGGCACUGCUCUUCAAGAUGCAGAUGUGAAGUCAGGCGUGAUCUGCAAUUGCAGGCCCAGGGGCUGUAGUUUUAAAGAACGAGUCUAUGGGGAAUGCGGUUACAAUGGCCACAUUUUGCGACUCUGUUGCCAACCACUGAACACUAUGAACAAGAAGAGUCCAUCUGUCAUAUGACUUGAGAUCUUGACUGUUACUUCGCCUAUAUUAUGUCCUUGACUUUCCUCUUCCUUUAUAGCCAAAGAAAGUUCUUACAACAA